AUGAUGAUGGUUUUGUCAAUGGAGUUACCAAGGAGGAUAUACGCCAGUAUAUUGAUGUGUAUAGUGGCGGCAUCUGCGACGUCGUUUCAGCCGCCGUCGUCUACAUCCAUGUGUGUCGGGGAGUCCAAAACGUUUCUCGAUGAUCUGAAGUCUCAGUGUCCGGUUUCGAUUCUCUUCUCUUCUUUCCCUAUUCAGAUGGAUGGAGAUUCAUUUGACAGAGUAAUGAGCUCCAAUCAGGAGAUUGUAUAUACUUCCAUUUUGUUUUAUGCUUCUUGGUGUCCUUUUUCGAGCAUCUUCCAGUCGAGGUUUGCUGCUCUCAGUUCUAUGUACCCGCAGAUCAAACAUGUAAUGAUUGAGCAAUCUUCAGCCAUGCCCAGCGUUUUCUCUCGAUAUGGAAUUCAUUCAGUGCCCUCGCUACUGAUUGUGAAUCAGACAGCACGAAUGAAAUAUCAUGGUCUCAAAGAUCUUCACUCCCUUGUGAACUUCUAUAAAAGAACUACAGGUCUUGAUCCAGUAGUGGAGAUGAGCGAAGAUAAAAUAAAUUCUUCAGAGAAUGAUCAGAAAGUCCUUCAGCUUUGGUGUGGAUCUUCGUUGAAGGACACAUUCUCAUGGGAACCUUAUCUAGUACUUUCUGUAGUAUUUGUCUUGUCGAGGGCUUUUCUAUAUUUUUUCCCAGAGAUCGUAUCUCGUGCAAUGGCAUUAUGGCUUGCACACAUUCCUCAUCUGAAUAUGGGAAUCUUUGGAGAGUCAAGGCAGCUUUUAGAACGUGUUUUCCAACUGAUUGAUAUCAAGAGAAUUUGGAGCAAGUUGAAGCUAUGUAAAACUAGGAACUUUCAUAAAGGGGCAAGAAAUGCUCGGGUUUGGGCUUCAUCUCUGGCAUCCGUUUCCUUGGGCGAGUCGUCCUCAACAAGAGCAUUCCCAUCCAGAGACUUGUAA